UAUCUCGUCCGCACAUCUAAUACUCUCUUUCGUUUUACGAACAAACACAACACAUUCAAAAUGAAGAUUGCCGCCAUCGCCGCUCUUGCCACCGUCGCCGCCGCCGCCGACCCGUUCGCCAUCAUCUCUGAGCACUGGGAUCAGCUGACCAGCCUUAUUGAGGGGGACCUGCCCCUUCUCCAGGCCGGUAACGCCCAGCUGUACGCCGUUGCCACCUCGAUCAUCGGCGGCACCAAGAUCACCCAGGCCUUCAACACGGAUCUCAUCCAGCAGGUCGCCACCGGCAUCCCCCCCGCCAUUCUUAACAACCUGUUUGAGCGCGCUGGCAUCACCGGCGUCACCGCCGACGGCAAGCCCCUGCCCACUGGUGACUCCAAGCCCACCGCCGCCGAGCCGAGCCCCGAGCCCACCGCCGCCCACUCCUCGUCGGCUGAGGACAAGCCGUCGGCCGCCCCACCUCCGCCCCGUCCUCGUCGGCUGAGGACAAGCCGUCAGCUGCCCCCACCUCGGCUCCCAAGUCGUCCGCUUCUCACGCCUCAGAGCCGAGCUCCAAGGCUGAUGAGGAGUCUGCUGUUUCGGGUGCCAAGCCGUCGGGUGCCCCCAAGUCCUCGUCGGGUGCUGACAAGUCGUCGGCUACUGACAAGAAGACCGAGAGCAACGGCGCUGCCAAGGUUCUGGCUGGCUCGUUCGGUGCCGCCAUUGUUGCCGCCGCUGCCCUCUUCUAAGCCCGCAUGAGUCUUAUUUCCUAAUUUGCGUUUGUUUCCACCUGAUAUCCGAUAAACCUUACAAAAAACA